AUGCCUGGGGACAAAGAGAAAAAUGUCCAUGAGACAAACAUUACUGCUGUUGCCUCAUUCACUCGACAAGACAUUGGCAAGAAUGAGAAUGUCAUUACCACAAUCAUCUCUCCUUUUACCUCACAUGAAGUGAAACUUACUGGCGAUGUCGAUGAAGCAUUGAAAUUUGCCUUGGACCAUUCGGAUGCACAAGUGGUAUUGACUCCAGAAAGAGAUAGAAAGUUACUUUGGAAGAUCGAUUUACACUUGAUGCCUAUUUUAUGUUUAUUGUACUGUUUCCAGUUCAUGGAUAAAUUGUCCAAUUCCUAUGCUUCAGUUUUGGGAUUGAGAACAGACUUGAGCAUGCAAGGGGAUAUGUAUUCGUGGACUGGCUCUGCGUUUUACAUCGGCUAUUUGGUUUUUGAAUUUCCAGCAUCCCGACUCUUGCAGAAGUUCCCAGUGGCAAAGACACUUUCUAUUUUCAUCAUUCUCUGGGGUAUUAUCUUGAUGCUCCAUGCUACUCCACAGUAUCCUGGCUUUAUUGCCUUGAGAACUAUCUUGGGUAUGCUUGAAAGUUCCGUAACUCCAGCUAACCUUCUAAUUACGGGUAGUUUCUACAGAAAGGAAGAAGUAUUUCUCCGAGUUGCUUUAUGGUUUUCUAGUAACGGUAUAGGCACAAUGCUUGGCUCUGGUGCUAUAGCUCAUAGCUUGGUCCAGUACGAGGACUCAUAUAGUAUCGCUCCUUGGAAACUUACUUUUAUUAUAACAGGAGCUUUGACGGUCGUAAUUGGAUUCAUAUUUAUGUUCCAUGUUCCAGAUACCCCUGCAAAUGCCUGGUUUCUUAAUGAAGAAGAGAAAAUGUUGGUUGUCGAAAGAAUUAGAGCAAAUCAACAAGGGUUCGGAAACAAGCACUUCAAGAUGCACCAGUUUAAGGAAGCCAUGUUCGACAUAAAGACAUGGUUGAUUGCACUUUUUGCAUUUGCUUCCAACAUUCCCAACGGAGGGAUUACCAAUUUUGGAAGCAUUUUGUUAACAGAAGAUCUAGGUUACUCCGUACCUGAAGGUUUGUUGAUGCAAAUUCCCGCUGGUGCAGUGGAAUUCGUAGGAUGCUCACUCUUGGCUUUCGCAGCCAGUUAUGUUGCAAAAAAGAGAUUAUUCUGGGCCAUGGUGGGUACAGUCAUCGCAGUUGUAGGAGAAUGCUUUUUAGCAUUUAGUAACAACCAUAAGCUCCAACUUGCCGGUUAUAUCCUCUACUCAAUUGCCCCCGUUGGGUUUAUCUGUCUCUUAUCGAUUAUUUCUUCGAAUGUUGCUGGGCAUACUAAGAAAGUGACUACAAAUGCAAUUUACUUGGUGAGCUACUGUGUUGGGAAUCUUAUCGGCCCACAGACUUUCCUAGAAAGAGAGGCUCCCAACUACAAGACAGCCAAAAUUUGUAUUGCUGCCUUUGGAGUGUUUUCUAUAGCCAUCCUCGGUGCUAUCUGGUUUGUAUACUGGUUUGAUAACAGAUCACGUGAUCGGAUGAGUAGUGAUGCCGCUGAAGACUUUGCGCUUAUUGACAACCACGAAUUCGCGGAUUUGACCGAUAAGGAAAAUCCUUUAUUCAGAUACGAGUUGUAG